AUGGAUCACGGCAUAGACGAUAAAGAAGCUCUGCUGCUUGAUAGGGUUUCUGCCGCGUUCGAGCCGUAUCUGCUGCCGCCUCAAGAAGUGAGCUCUGUGCGGCGGUCACUUCGCUCCUAUAUCGCCGCUCGGGUCGACACGGCGCAGAAUCCCCGGCAGGGUCUCGAGGGACUGAGAGCGGAAUAUGUCAAGGCUGUGCAAGCCAACCGUGCUGCAAAAAGCCGGUAUGCUGCGAUUCUGGCUAGACACCAUGAGCACGCGGCUACUUCAGACCCAGCAGAUUCAGCAACUGCUGGGCACAGUUCCAGAUCGCUUCUCGGUCAACAUGUUGAACUCUUACGAUUGGAAAGACAACACACGACACUGAUUACGCUGGAGGAUGAAUUGGAUGCUCUCAGGCGUUCUAGUCGGUUCACGACGUCGGACACCCUGUCGAGGGCCGGCACAACUCCGUCUGCGCUGCCGGAUACGGAGCGUGAGCUGGCACAACUGGUUGACUUGCUGACCCGUUCGGUCAAGGCUCUUGAGAGGGCCUUGGUUGAAGCUCAUCAUUAUGCCAUCCACGAAAGGUCUUUGCUGGAGGAUGCAAAGGCACAGAGUCAGUAUCGAACUAGUGCGACUCUUCCGCAGCGUCUUCAUGCCCUAUCUGCGGCGCGGAGAGAGCUUACUGCCUGGCUGGAGGAGAGUUUGGAGAGAUGCCAAGGGAACACCGACGAAGCAGGUCAGGAUGAGCAUUUGAAGAGCAAGCUGAGCUCGUCAGACUUAGAACAGAACAUUGACCAUCAAUACGAGCAAUAUCUCGAGACACGUCAGCGACUGCUUAUGAUUGUGAGCUCUCUGAAGGCGCCUCUUCCAGAACAAGCCCCCGAAACCCCUGGUGGCAGAGUAGAACGGAUGGUGCAAAACUUCACAAAGACCGAAUGGCCAGAGGAAGCUGAGGUCCCGAAUGUGCUUGAACAGGCUCUUCUCCCGACAGUGCAGCAGGAGCGAGCUUCACGGGCUCAUCUUACCUUUGCGAAGGAACAACAGGAGGAUGAACUGUUGGCAACAGUUAAUAUGCUCGACAGACUCAGUGACGAGAGCCAGAUUUUGCAGGCUUUCCCACUCCUUGCUCGAUCGGGCCGCUUUGAACACGCUGCAUCGACCUUUGGGAAGAAGCGUGCUACGGUGGACGAACCGGAAGAUGAGGUGUCUAGACGAAUGAAGCCCUGGCUGUUUGCUGCAGAAGCAGCUGAGGUGGCUACCUCGAGCACGAUUGAAGAACUUCUGAAACAAGGAAAUCGAUCGAUGGAUAAUGUUGGUCAAAGCCUGUCCGAGUUGCGAUUCCUUCAUGAAGCAGAUGGUAAUGAGCAUUUCAAGCAAUAA